CUGCUCUACGGUCCGCUCUACUGCCCGGCCCGACCUCUGCUGCCUCUGCUGCCUCUGCCCGGCCACACACACACACACACACCCACCCAAACGGACCCUGCUUGAUUCCGGGACACGACACGAGGCCAAAAGAAUCCAACACCCGGGAAACGGAAACAUCAGCGGGACAGAGCUGCGCGAGGACCGGCCCGAAUCACGCGCGCUGUGCCAUCUUACAAGGGCUCUGAUUGUUGUUUUCCACCGUGAAAAAAGCAACCAAAGAAGAAGAAAACAUGUCGUGCUCAAUGGGGAGAUGUAAAAAACAGCGUGGAUACUAAAACUUGAGCAGACUUGGCCCUUUUACGCACAGGCGGAGUGGCGCACCGUUAGAUUCUGUGGCUGUAGCUGACGCCGAGGCUGCGUGGAUCCAAGAAAAGUAGAAAACACCAACAACAAACGCGACACAACGGAUAGAAACUCCAAAACAAGAUGCUGUCCGACCUGAGCGAGUGGUUCUGGCAGGAGCGGCUGUGGUUCCCCAAAGGUCUGGGCUGGGCCGACCUGGAGGACAGAGACGGUCGAGUUUAUGCCAAAGCCCGAGACCUGUGGGUGGCGCUCCCCAUCGCGGUGGCCUUCCUCAUCAUACGACAGAUAUUUGAAAGGACGGUAGCGACGCCUCUGGCUGCUCUCCUCGGGGUUAAAGAGACAGUACGGCUCAAAGUGCUUCAUAACCCCACACUGGAGUUCUACUACUGUAACGUCACCAAGACCCCCUCACAGACUUCCAUAGUGAGUCUUUGUAAACAAACUGGACACUCGGAGCGACAGGUGCAGCGGUGGUUCAGACGGCGGAGAAACCAGGACCGCCCGAGUCUACUGAAAAAGUUUAGAGAGGCCAGCUGGAGAUUUACCUUUUACCUUCUUGCUUUCAUUGCUGGCCUUGCCUCCCUCAUUGAUAAACCUUGGUUAUACGACCUGAAGGAGAUGUGGGAAGGAUUUCCAGUUCUGACCCUCCUGCCGUCUCAGUACUGGUACUACAUGAUCGAGCUCGGCUUCUAUUGCUCUCUGCUCUUCAGCGUGGCCUCGGAUGUGAAGCGCAAAGAUUUUAAGGAGCAGAUCGUGCACCAUGUUGCGACCAUCCUCCUCAUCAGCUUCUCCUGGUGCGUCAACUACAUCCGAGCUGGAACUCUUAUAAUGCUGGUGCACGACUCCGCUGACUACUUUCUGGAGUCUGCAAAGAUGUUCAACUAUGCUGGAUGGAGAAACGCCUGCAACUACAUCUUCAUCGUGUUUGCUGCAGUUUUUAUCGUCACUCGUCUUGUGAUCUUUCCCUUUAGGAUUAUUUACUGCACAUGGAUCUACCCAGUGACGGUCUAUGAACCUUUCUUUGGUUACUAUUUCUUCAAUGGACUCCUCAUGGUGUUACAGUGUCUUCAUAUCUUCUGGGCUGUUCUCAUUAUAAAGAUAGCAGUCCGCUUCCUUACCAACAACGAAAAAGUUGACGAUGAACGAAGCGACAAGGACGAAACAGAUUUAUCAGAGGACGAAGAAGAGGAGUGUGAGAAAAAGGACAUAAAGAAAAAUGGACCAGUGCAGAACGGGCACUCAGUUCACAACAAUAACCACAACCAUAACCACAAUCACCAACGCCACAGCAAGAUGGAGUGAGACAGAGACAGGACAGAGACAAACAGACAGAAGGACUUGAACCCUCUACUGCUCAGGCUGGAGGCUCAGGAGGGGGGCGGACCAGGGCUUAUGUCCCUAAAACCAACGGGUAUCCAAGAAAAACAGUGUUCCUCUUGCACAACACGCAAACACAUCUGUAUAUUUAGGUGAAGGAAAUAACCUCGUACACUACUACACUCUAAGACACAACUUCAUGUCUGUUAUUAGAGGAUUAUUUAGGUUUAUUGGGUAUUUCCGACUUUCAGAGAUUCAAAAAAUGGAGGAGCAAAGGGUGUGUUCACACUUAGACACUUACACUUUCCACAUCAAAAUUGGGAUUAAACUGCGGGACUAAUUUCGGAACUAAACCAGGACUAGAAAAGGACCAAACCAGGUCUACCAUCUGGACUAAACUGUGCUCAAACCAGGACUCAACCAGGACAAGUGUGAACGCACCCAAAGUGUUAAACAGAAGCCAUGUUUCUUCUAAAGCUUUCUAUGUUCAACUGUGCCUUACUGCCCCCGGUGGCUGAAAUAUUACACGUUAAUAUUUCCUCUGCUUUGUUGCAACUAUUAUUUGUCUUCUGAAGGAACAAUAGAAACUAAACCGUGGACAGUUAUAGGGCAUUUAUUCGCUAAAUUAUUGUAACUAUGCAAAAUUACUCUUUUGAAUCAUGGUUUUUGCACAGAUUGUUGUAGAACUGACACCAAAUAUGCUAGAUUAUCAUUUUUAACAUGGCGACAGGUACAAAUCUGAUUCUUGUUACGGAGAAUUUAAAUCUUUGGUGCCUACGCAUGGAGCUGUAGCGUUCUGAAGAUAGCUGCAAUCGUGCUGUUUCUGUGCCAUGUUCAGUGUAUCACGUGCCAUACAUUGUUUAGACUCAUUCAUCAGCCACAUUGAGCGUUUUAUUUGAAAUCCUAGUUUUAAAUUGUGACAGAUAGUCUAUUUUAAUGAUACAUUAUUCUCCAAUGGACUAUUUCAGCUGUGAGACUGUAAGAAAUCUUUUACGUUGCCUUAAAAAAAAAAAGAAGAAGUAAAUUUUUUAGCAGUUUUAACAAUUAUUUUAACGAAAUCUCUUUGUUUAUGCUUUAAAUUGUUUUGUAUGCCAAGUGCCUUACGUGUUAUUCGCAGACUGCUCUUGCCUCUUUUGUGUAAGUUUUAUCUUACAUCGUGAACUACUCUGACUUCCAGUGCAUCGCUGCAUUAUCUGUUACUCAUGUUUUUUUCUUAAUUUUUCUAUUUUCAAGCUCUCCAUUCAACGACCUUCUUCUCACUAACACAGAGACCAACCAAUGACGCCUCCCACCAGGGCAAAUAAACUGUCCUAUGAAGAGUGUUAUUUUUAUUUCCAUUUUUGUUAUGAUGCAGAAAUAUUGUUAAGAAUAAAAUCUUAAACAUUAUAAAACA